AUGAGAGCUUACUGGUUCGACAACGUCGAGGGCGACCAACGCCUCCCCCACGACUCCGGGCGCAGCGUUGACCCAUCCUACCUCGCCAACCUAGGCGUCCUCUACCAACACGUCACAACCGAUGAUGAAGUCAACGCCCUAGCCAAGGAGCGCAACUACAAGAAUCGGGAUGAAAUCACCGUAUCGCCGGAGAAAAUGGGCGACAUCUACGAAGAGAAGGUAAAGAGCUUCUUCCAUGAGCAUUUGCACGAGGAUGAGGAGAUCAGGUAUAUUCUUGAUGGCGCGGGGUUUUUCGAUGUUAGGAGCGAGGGCGAUGAUUGGGUUAGGAUUUGGUUGGAGCGGGGGGAUUUGAUUGUGCUUCCGGCGGGGAUUUAUCAUCGGUUUACCACUGAUGAUAAGAACUAUAUCAAGGCUAUGCGUCUAUUCAAGGAGGAGCCCAAGUGGACUCCGCUGAACAGAAGCGCGGAGACUGAUGAGAACCACUACCGCCAGGAGUACCUCAGCACAAGGCAGGCUCUCGCUGCAUAA